UUGAAUAUAACCGAGUACUAUAAUUGCAUGAAGGCAUCGGGGUACUUGUUUGAGGCACUAAAGGCGCCUCACUUAAUUUUCCGUUGAGAGAAUUGGGUAGUUUAACAUCGCAAACAUUUACAUAGCGACUGCUGUGAUAUCAAAUUAAUAAUCAACAAGUAGUUAGCACCAGUCAUCAGCCAUGGAAGCCUCGUUUUAUCCUUGCAACCAACCACCUCUCGAUCAAAACUAUACCAAGGGUAGGUUUAGCGGACAGACAGUUGUAGUUGCAGGUGGGGCAUCUGGCAUAGGCUUUGCUGCCGCACAUCGAUUAGCUAAUGAUGGUGCAUCCGUCGCUAUUGUUGAUUGCAAUAAAACCUUGGGUGAAUCAGCAGUUUCCCAUUUGAAAAAAGAAGGAUUCGUCGCAAAUUUUUACCACGCCGACGUGGUUCAGAAAUCUUCUUGUGUUGAUGCAGCGAAGAAAAUUGCCGAUGACAACGGAGGCACUGUACAUCACCUCGUAAAUACAGUAGCCUAUUUUUGCAAUAAAGCUUUGGAAGCUGAAUACGAUGACUGGAGAAAAAGUUUUGACGUUAACGUGGCUGGCUUUGCCAAUAUGGUACAAGCGUGUUUCCCUUUUCUGUCUAAAGGCUCCUCCAUAGUCAACCUGAGCAGUAUUUCUGCCGUUCGAGCUCAGCCAAAUAGAUGGACCUACUCAACCACAAAAGGGGCUAUUGAGGCACUAACAAAAUGCAUGGCUUUGGACUUAUCAAAGAAGGGUAUUCGAGUCAAUGCAGUUGCACCAGCUUGGAUUUGGACACCAGAGCAAGCAAAAGCAUCACCGGAUGGCACUAGAAUGGGUCAACGAGAUAUGGUUUCAAAUUUCCAUUUACUUCGUCGUGAAGGAGAAACGUCUGAAGUAGCCGCAGUCAUUGCGUUUUUAUGCAGCAAGGAUGCAAGCUUUAUGACAGGAUCGACUGUGUAUGUCGAUGGAGGAUAUAGCGCAAUGGGACCAGAACAACACGGGGAGAGCUCGAAAUUUGGUGCUAGAGAUACUCAAUAAUGAUUACUAUUUAUUAUUUUGUUUUUUGAAUAGCACAAAACAAUGUAUCAUUAAUUGUGGAUCAAUUAAUUUUAUUGAAUAUAUGCUAUGUGUCAGACUUCCAAUAAAACAGUCAAAAUUUAAAGUUCGAUACUGAAAU